GGCAGCAGGAGCAGGAAUCACAGCUCUACACAAUGAAGGGUUGCCGGCAGCUGCCUCCGUCUGUACGGUGACCUGAGCCACUGAGCCACUGAGCGCGAUCCACGGGAACCAGACUCCACCUGGAUGGGCCCCCAGAGCUGGACGGGCGGUGCCAUGGGCCAGGUGCUGGCGUUUGGGCAUUGCAAAGAAUCUGCCUCAACCGUCUCCACCACUCCUGACUCCACGCCCUCCUCCACCGAAGGGGUGAAUGAGGACUCGGAUUUCCCGGACCCCGGGACCCCCCAGGAGUUUUCGGAGGAGGACGAAGAGACGGACAGCCUGCUGGAUUGGCGGAUGACCGCGAUGUGGACGGAGCCCGGGGCUGGGAGCAGGAGGGACCUGAGCGGAGCCUUGGUCAGGACGGAGACCAUCGAGACGCUGUUAGCAGAGGACGACGGCUGCUCCAGUUUGAUGGAGACCCAGUGCGUGGCAGGUGCCCCGGGUAUCAGAGAGGUGCCCUCAGCCCAGGAGUGGAGGCAGGAGGCAGGGGGGCAUCCACAGCCUCAGGCAACGUGUGAGCCACACCCUCCUGCUUCAGACUCAGCGCCGCAUUCAUUCGAGACGUCUCAAAGCGCUUCACGGGAUACACUAACAUGUGAAACAACGACGGGGAGAGCUGCGAAAACUCGGCAGGUCGGGAAAGACAAAUCUGAAGCCCCUUUGGGCGAGAGACACGGCCUUGAGACAGAGGCAGCAGGGGCAGACAGCCUGCAGGCAGAGAGCGUCUGCGGCGAGAAGAGCGACGCGCAGACGGAGGCAGUCUCGCGGGGGAGACAGGACCCGCAGAGAGAGGGCGCGUCAGAGGACAGAAGCGGCCGGCGCGCAGAGAGCCCGUCGGAGGAGAGGGGCGGCGAGCAGGCAGAGCGAGUCUCGGGCAGCAGGCGCAGCGUGGGCACAGAGUGCGUCGCUGGUGAAAGGCAGAGCGUGCAGACAGAGCCGGUCCUGGAGGGGAGAGAGAGCCCACAGAGUGAGCCAGUCUCAGAUGAGGGUCUGCAGCCGGGGGGAGAUCCAGCCACAAGCCGGAGCCAGGAGCCAGGCCUGUGGGGGUACCCGGAGUGUCAGUUGAUGGCGACGCCGAUUACCAGCCGGACCCAGGAGCUGGAUGUGAGGCAGCGAGACGUGCCCGAGACGCAGAGGUUGCAGCGAGUCCAUUUGCUACGGAGUUUUGUGGCGAUACCUCAAUCAGUCACUGACCUGCUGUACUGGGAAGAUGUGAAGAAGACAGGAAGCGUCUUUGGAGCCAUCAUCCUGGUGAUGUUCUCCCUCACCCAGUUCAGUAGCAUCAGUGUCCUUGCGUACCUAACCCUCUCCAUCCUCUCUGUCACCAUCAGCCUCCGCGUCUACACCUCGGUGCUGCAUCUGGUCUACAAAACCCAGGAGAGACACCCUUUCCAGGUGUAUCUCGACAUGGACAUCACGCUGUCCCAGGAACAGCUACGGAAAUACACGGAGACGCUGCUGCUCUAUAUAACCAGCAGCAUCAACCACCUUCGGCGUCUCUUCCUAGUCCAGCACCUCCUGGAGUCUCUGAAGUUUGGGGUCUUGCUGUGGUUAAUGACCUACAUUGGAGCCGUGUUUAAUGGACUCACAAUCGUCAUUCUGGUGGUGGUGACAGCCUUUAUCGUGCCCCUGGUUUACCAGAAACACAAAGUGCAGAUUGAUCAGUACUUGGGUUUGCUCACAGGCCAAAUCAACCGUAUCAAAGCAAAAAUCCAGGCAAAAUUCCCGAGCACCAAAGCUGCGGCACAGUAGGGGGACGGGGCGGAGCGGGGCAAGGCGGGGCAGGGGCGAGGCAGAGAGAGAGGACCCCACAAUCACAUUGAGGAUCGAGUCACACACAGAGAUGCAAGUGAGACAUCAGUGUGAAAGUCUGAAGCCAUCCCGCGGUGAACAGAACUGCGGAGAACACACGACUUGCCUCUCGCUACGUGAAGCCAUCUUGUCUCUUGUGCAAAUAAAGCUCGUUUAUCUGGA